UGUUUAGGCCCAAAGCGGUUAAGUCGGGCGCGAAAAAGGAUACACGCAAAGCGGAGAAUGUGCGCGGUUGUGGCAAUGGUUGGUGGAGAAAAAUUAAAUGUAGCUAAAAAAGUAAAUGAGCUCUAUAUAGACAGCCUUCACUGCUGCAGCCGACAACGCUGCUGUUGCUGCGGUCGCUAUUAGUGAAAAGUGCCAAAAAUACCAAAAUCGAUAGUUUAAAUGAGUUUUGCAACAAGCAAAAAGUGUGUUACGACGUUUUUAAAAGACAAUUCAUAUAUUGUAAACGAAAAUAUCCUUAUAGCCAAGGAUUCUAACUUAAUUCGCUCUAAACAAUUGGAUAUUGUACUCAAAUGGUAUCUCAAAGGAAGCAAUCACCAUCAUUAGACGGAAACUGGUUACGGCAAGAUCAAUUCUUUGAACCGUAUAGAUAAACUGGAGCAACCAUAAACGCAUUGUCCUUGAUAUUUAUGCAUGUUCAAAGUGAACAUUCAAGACGCGAAGAUACUUAUGUGUAUGAUUGAAAUUGUCUAAAAAUAUUUAAAGCAAUAUAAGGAACUACAUUUUGUAUAUACCGCUGAUCAGUCGUACUCAAGAGGCAUUACCACUAAAAAAUGCAUACGUACAAGUAUCAAGUAUAAACAUAUAUUCAAAUAAAUAACAGAAAUAAGAACAACAACAACAACCAGAGAUAUUUAGGUGCUGUGCUCUAUUUAUUAUACAAAUAUGUAACUAAUAUAACCGUUAAAAAAUAGCUUAUUUAAAACUGUUUGCUCAUUAGAAGCAACAAAUCAAACUCUUCCAUAAUUAAAGCGCGUAAAAUUAAAUUUAAGAUAUUUUACUAAACCGACACACAGACAAUUCGCGGUGCCAGCAAUAGAUGUACGUAGUAGGUCGAAUUAUUAUCAAAAAAACAGUUUAGAUUUUAAUUCUCUUUCGCGAUAUUUACACUGUAAGCCAAACAUCGCAUUAGUAUGCGUUUGUAAUUGAAAUGAAUGUUUUCGUAACAGCUGCAAGUCUAUUAAUCUAAUCUAGAGUAAUUUAAUUAAAAAUCUCUUAAAACAAAUAGCAAAAAAACAGAAACAAUAAAGUGAACAUUUAAAAUAAAUAAAAGUAAAACCAAACAAUAUUUAUUAGCGCAAAGAAAAUAAGAGUUAUGUAUUUGCUAAAAGAAGUAAAGAACUUUGUAUAAAUUAUAUGAAACUAAUGCCCUUAAUCAAAGUGUUGUGAAUUUCGAAUAAAAUCGGAUAUUUAAUGUAACCAAAGUAAAAUUACAACGCAAAUGACUUAUGCAUUUCUAAUUGCAAAUGUUUUAAGAAUUUUAAUAGUUUGAGGAACACAGAAAAAUGCAUGCAAUUUAAAUAAACGAAUAUAAUCAAUCAGCUUAAACCGAACAUUAUCGAGCUUCAGAAGAACAACGCGGCACCGCACAACCGCGCUGAGUCUCAAUUUAAAAAAAAAAACUUUAAUUAGAAGCAUAUUUUAACAAAAACAAUUAGACAAACAACAUAUAAGUAAUAUAAAAACGCAUACACUCACUUAAAGCGAAGCACGUCGAAAUUAAAAAUUCUCUCAUAUUUAUACUAAAUCUUAACCCCACGCCACGGUAAGAAGCGCCUUCACAAAACCGACUUCACCAGGUAUCUUUAUUUUAACCAAUAGUUCUAUAAACUGAAAAUGCUUUUGCUUUAACGAGUAGUUAUUCGAGUGCAUAUGUGAGUAGUUAAGCAGGUUAAGAUAUAAUUUGCCGAGUGCAGCCGUAUUUGGCUGUUUGGCUGUUGGCCAAAUAGGCUUCAUUUUAACAAGGCACUUGCCCUUCGAAAGUUAAGGGAGCAUUCACACACACCCACAUACAUACAUUUUUAACGGGAAACGACCUUCGCGUGCACCGAAGCUUCGUGUCGUCUACGCUUUGUUGAACUAUUCGCUGUAAAAAGUGUUGAGACAACAACUGAAAAGGCAGGGGUGCAAAGCUGCGAGUACAAGGUGAAGACUACCAUACAACCGCAUCGGAAAGCGGACAGUUGUUUUGAAAUACGAAAUGAGAGCGUCAUGAGUGUAUAUAAGGCCAUUCGAAAAUGCAGGAAAUGAGUUACCUGCAAGAUAAUUCCAAAUUGGAGGCACUUACGAAAGCUGUACUCAUCUCCAUUCUCGGCGUCGCCAUCGUCAUAUCGAAUCUGCUCAUUAUAGCCACUUAUGCCAACUUUAAAGGUCCGACAGAGGUCAUCAACUACUAUCUGCUGUCGCUGGCUGUUGCGGAUCUACUUUGCGGUUUAUUGGUUGUGCCCUUCUCUGUGUAUCCUGCAUUGACUGGAGAAUGGAUGUAUGGCGAUAUUGUAUGUCGCUUCACCGGCUACCUGGAGGUGACACUGUGGGCCGUAUCUGUGUAUACAUUCAUGUGGAUCUCUGUAGACCGAUAUUUGGCUGUGCGGAAGCCUCUUCGCUAUGAGACUGUGCAGACAAAAACCAGAUGCCAAUGCUGGAUGGUGUUUACAUGGAUUUCGGCCGCAUUACUAUGUUGUCCACCGAUUCUAGGCUACACGAAGCCCAUCACGAACAAUGUGACACAUAUUUGCAUGCUGGACUGGGGCAAUAUGGCGGCAUACAGUGCAACUCUGGCAAUUUUAGUUUUAGGUCCUAGCGUUAUAUCCAUAGUACAUAAUUAUGGUUACAUUUUUGUAAUGAUGCGAAAACUUAAAUCGGGCGAACCUAUACAUGAUAAAGAAUAUGCAACCGCAUUAGCUGAAAAUUUAUCGAAUCCUAGUCAUAUGAUGUCAUUCGUAUUAGUGUUUGCAUUCUGGAUGUCGUGGUUGCCAUGGAUGGUGCUGCGCUUCUACGAAGUGGUGACCGGUGAUGUUAUCCAAAGUACUCUUAUUAAUUUUCUGGUCGUUUGGAUUGGCGUGCUGAAUUCAUUUUGGAAAAUCAUCAUUAUGACCAGUAUGUCGCCGCAAUUUCGGAUCGCACUUAGAGUAUUUUGUUUAACAAUUUGUUGUAAGACUAAGGGCCGUUUGCAAGCGGAACUAAUCGGAUUGGACCCAGAUGACUAGAGUCGUUAGAUUUUCCACAGUAUGAACGGUUAAAUUAAUUUUCACAAUUGGCUUACCUUUCCUCAAUUGUUCCUAACAAUUUCAAUUUACAAUUCGAAAUUACGCUUUUGAAAAAUCAUGAUGAAGCACGUCUUUAUCAAUUAGUAACAAUCAAAUUAAAUGAACCAUACAUACAUAUGUACAUAUACAAACUUAGUAGGGCAAUAUAUGUAAUUGGAUGCCUGACCUAUGCAUAUGUAUAAUGGAUGUAAUUCAAAUGUGAAUUUUUUUUUAAAUAUUCAAUUCUGUGAAAAACUUUGGGCAUAAAGCGGUGGCAAUUAUUAUGAUAACUACAACUUAUUUAUUUGUCGGUGCGUUUUAAUAUACAUACAUAUGUACGAUAUAUACAUAUACGCAAACGUACAUGUGCAUGUCCGGACGUAUCAACAUUUGUUGCUCUGGUUGCACAAAAGUUGGUACGCAGAUAUGGAAACUUUUGAAAAUCACCUACAUUUUCCUAAAUUAGUUUCCAAAUGCGAUAUACCAAAAACAAAUUAUAAUUUUCCUUUGUUUUUUAUCUCAUAAAAGUACAUUACAUCGUAAGUAGUACUAUUCAAAUUUAAGUUAGCUUUAGAUUUCGACGUUUUAAAAAGUCGUUGCGCAUUUCGAAAGGUGAAUACAUCAUAGUAUACUUGCAUAUAGUAUUUAUGGUAUGAACAUAAGGACAUACAUACAUACAUAUGUUUUGUACAUACUUAUAUACUUGUGGAUGAAUGUGCGCUCUUUUCAGAGCCGUCGGAACGUACAUACAACGUGCAACAUAAAUACAUAUACCGUUUGUUAUAAAUAAUUUUUAAAAAUAUAUAUUACAUAGGCCAUUUCACAUAAUUACAUACAUACAUACAUAUGUUUUUAUAAAUGUUGAUUUUUUGCAUAAAAUCGAAAAGCACAUUGUUAUAGGUUUAUAUUUAUCUUCACGGUUGUAAAAUUGAUUAGUAAUCCCUGAGUGGAGUGGCUUAUAUGAAUGGAUUGAGAAAUAUCAGUGGAAUAUUUUUUUAUUAAAGCAAGAAUGGCGAUAUUCUACAAGAUCAUUAAGAUAUUACAAUAAUUUAGAAAGAUGUGAAAGGGGACACCACACUAACUUUAACUAUAUCCCAAGCUUUCUUAUCUUUAAUUAGCAGGGAGAGCUAGUAGAGAUGUAUGUUGAAAGCCAACAGUUCUAGGAGAUAAGGCGAAUUAAAAUCGUUUGGUGGAACAAUUAGAAAGUAACAUUUACAUAUGUUUUCAUGAUUUUUCGUUUACUUGCGAAUUAUAAACGCAUUAUUUGCACUCGCGCUAUGUUUUUGUGGAAGCACAAAUCUUACAUGAGAUACGCAUAACAUUUUAUCCUUUUUCCUUAGUGGGAUAAAUACAAUUUCCCUUUGAGUGCAGCAUUGCGUUUAUAAACAGAAAGUUUCAAUUGUUUGUUAAAUACUUAUAUACAUACAUAAAGUCAUAACUACAUUUGUACAUAUAGGUUUAUAUUUACGUGUUUUAAGUAUUUAAGGUAUGUUUUUGUAAAAUUCGAAUUUAUUUUGAACAUAAUAGAAGUUUAGUAUUGAGAAUUAAGGAUUUCAUGCGACUGUUAAACUGAUGAAUAUUUAAUAAAAAAUUUUAUCAUCGCGUUAAACCAUA